AUGCCAGUCACAACAUUCCUUAGAGUAAAGCCAUCUUCCCAUGUUAACCUCAAAGAAAUCCUGUAUUUAGAGGAUGAUCAGACUGUACGUAUUGACACUCAUCAAUUUAAAACUAUUGUACCUGUUAAUCAUCAAAUAUUGGCUAUGAAUUAUAAAUUUAAUAAAAUUUUCUAUCAUAAUUCCCAAGAAGAAAUUUAUCAAAUAACAGCAAGUCAUUUAAUUAAUGAUGCAUUAAUUGGAAUUAAUGGAACCAUAUUAUGUUAUGGACAAAUAGGAGCUGGAAAAACAUACACAAUGAGUGGUUUAUCACAAAUAUAUAAUGAUCGUGGAAUCAUACCACGAAGUAUUGGGCAUUUAUUUGAAGAAAUACAGAAAAGGUCAACACUUUCUAUUACUGUGAAACUGUCUUAUAUUGAAAUAUACAAUGAACAAAUUAUUGACUUAUUAGCCGGUAUAUCUUUGGACAAAACAGCAUUCAAACGAUCUUCUUUUGAGUUUUUACAAAUUGCUGAAUCAAAUGAUCAAGUUUAUAUUAAAGGAUUAAAUUGCUUAACUGUAAAUAAUUUAGAAGAAGCAUUGACUGUAUUGUUUGAGGGGGAAUUAAAUCGUACUGUUGCAUCACAUUCAUUAAAUCGUUUUUCAUCACGUGCUCAUGCUAUAUUUACAGUCUAUUUAACGAUUAUUGAUUCAAUGGACAGUAAUGGAUGUAUCAAAUGCAGUAAAAUUCAUUAUGUGGAUUUAGCUGGUUCAGACAAUUUAAAAAGAACACAGAUUACUGAUAAACUAUUCAAGGAAUCUGCCUACAUUAACCGUUCUUUAGCAUUUUUAGAGCAAACAAUUUUGGCGUUAUCUGAUCCAGCAAGAGAUUAUAUACCAUAUCGACAAUCGAAAUUAACCCAUUUUCUAAAAAAUAGCAUUGGAGGUCGUUGCCAAACUAUUCUCAUAGCUAAUAUAUGGAAUAAAAAUACAUUUCUAAAAGAAACUUUAUCCACUUUGCGAUUUGCAAGUCGAGCUAUGUCGAUACCCAGUAAACCUGAAAUCAAUCAAAUGCAUGAUUCUAUGAUUGUUAAUCUUCAACAAUUGAAAGAAACAUUUAAUAUAUUUAAACAAAUUGCCAAGUCACUUCAAGUUCAAUUAGAUGAAACAAAAGGUCAAUUAAGUAGACAAAGCGAUUAUACAGGAAGUCGUUCACCUACAACUGUAGCAGUUUCAACUAUAUCUAGUAGUUCACGUAGUGGUGGAACUGUUCAAGGUUCAAAAAUUGCAAGUAGUAAUUCAAAUAUUAGUACAACAAAACGUCAAACAAAUAAUUCAGCUAAUAAUGAAACAAAUUUAGGAAAAUCUGUACAAAAUGUUAAUUUUAAAGAUAAAUUUUUAAUAGUUAAUCAAGUUGGAGAAUUAGAUGCUUCAUCUGGACGAGGAUUUUUACCACCUAUUGAUCAAAAUAUUUGUGAUAAGUUUUCAUUGAUGACAGAUGGAGCUGUCUUACAAGCUAAACGAAGAGAACAGAAACAGUCUGUAGAAAACGAUAAAAUUGAAAAUCUGAUAGCAAAUGAAUCAAUGAGCAUAGAAAACUCUAACUUAUCAAGUUCACCGAAUAAAUAUGAAGCAUUUGAAGAGUUUAAACGUGAACCCGGUUCAGAAUUAUUCACUAUUUAUCAACAAAAUAAAAAUUUACUACAACAAAACCGAGAUCAAGGUUUGAAAUUAGCUACAGAAAUCAAUCAGAUCAAAACAAAUGUGGAUGACUUACAAAUUCAAUUGAAUAAAUUAAAAUCUGAACGUGAAGCACAAGGAUUGAUCCAAACUGUUGAACAUGAAUCAAUUAUUACUGAAGAUGAAUAUAAUUUAAUAAAACAAAUACAAAUUAUAAAAGAUAAUUACAAACUGAAAUAUUCAGAAUGGUUAAAACUUAAAGAAAUUAUACAAUAUUGUAAAUAUAUGUUAGAUGAAUCACAAAACGUUUAA